CAAAUACGGUCGAAUCAUAAUUUUGUUAAUUGAAUAACUGAGAGUCAGAUACAUAUUCGUAGUUGCUUAUUGAUAAUUUGAUGUUGAAAUUUUUAGAUGGAUGUAUCAAAUCCUGAACGUGGACAUGUUAUUGAGAUUAGUAGAGAUAUGCCAGUCCUGGAGAAGGGGUCUGGUGGGAGUAAAAUUUGUGGGGGAGCACCAUGUGGAUUCUCAGAUGCCAAGUCCAGUUCUAAGGAUGCAAAAGAACGUUCAACAUCCAUGAGGAAACUUCUUAUCGCAGUUGUACUCUGCAUCCUGUUUAUGAGUGUAGAAGUUGCUGGAGGUAUUAAAGCCAACAGUCUUGCAAUUUUGACUGAUGCUGCCCAUUUGUUAUCAGAUGUUGCAGCUUUUGCGAUCUCUUUGUUCUCCCUGUGGGCAUCAGGAUGGGAAGCUACUCCACGUCAAUCUUAUGGUUUUUUCAGGAUUGAGAUACUCGGGGCAUUGGUUUCCAUCCAGAUGAUAUGGCUUCUUGCUGGAAUCCUCGUUUAUGAAGCCAUUGCUAGACUGAUCAACGGUACAGGUGAAGUUCAGGGCUUUCUUAUGUUUUUGGUUUCUGCUUUUGGUUUGGUGGUUAAUGUGGUCAUGGCUCUCUUGCUGGGCCACGAUCAUGGUCAUGGCCAUGGCCAUGGUCACGAUCAUGGACAUGAUGGGCAUGAGCAUGGCCAAGAUGGUCAUGAUCAUAGCCAUGAAGAUGAUGAUGAUGUAAUGCACAGCCAAGAUGUAACCAUCACUACGCAUCAUCACCAUCAUGUGGGACACUCUAAACAUGAAGGGCACCACGAUGCAGAUAUCAUUGAUCCACUUCUAGGUGGAAGUCUUCCUAAAGGUGGAGUUAAACAGAAGAAGCAUAGGAAUAUAAAUAUCCAGGGGGCUUAUCUUCAUGUCUUAGGGGAUUCCAUUCAAAGCAUCGGGGUGAUGAUUGGUGGGGCUAUUAUAUGGUAUAAACCUGAUUGGAAGAUCAUUGAUUUGAUAUGCACACUCAUCUUUUCUGUUAUUGUGCUUGGCACAACUAUCAAGAUGCUACGGAAUAUUUUGGAGGUUCUGAUGGAGAGCACACCUCGAGAGAUUGAUGCAACAAGGCUGGAGAAGGGUCUCUGUGAGAUGGACGAUGUAAUUGCAAUUCACGAAUUGCAUAUAUGGGCAAUUACUGUAGGAAAAGUAUUAUUAGCUUGCCAUGUCAAAAUUAAACCCGAGGCUGAUGCUGACUUGGUGCUGGACAAGGUCAUUGAGUAUAUCAGGACUGAAUACAACAUAAGUCACAUAACUAUUCAGAUAGAAAGAGAGUAGCUUCAUCGGACUGGUUCCUGUAACCUAGUUUUAAGAGUUCUACGUAAGCAGUGGAUGUCAAAAUCUUCUCUCUUGACCAGUUGAUUUCACAUAGUUAUUGCAGUAGACAAGUGAUUCUAGACACCGCUCAUAACCAUGGAGGUGACAAUAGGGUGGGGUUAAUGCUGUUGAUGUUGAUUCUUCAGCGGAAGGAACCAUCAUGUCCAAGAUUGUUUAAGAAUAACUUAUCUGCACCAUCGGUGAGUGUGAACUUUAAUUGUGUUUGUAUUUUGUGAAGUCUGGUUAUUUUAGGAAGAUUAUGGUAACGUGAUAUUAUUUACAAUUCUUGAUAAUACUUGGUUUUGCUGAAAGUUGCUUAUCUCUGGCUAAAUGCUUUUUUAAUUUUUAUGUUCUGAAUCUAGCAAGAUGAAUUUCCAAGUUCUUUGUACUAUUUGAAUCUCUGGAAAAAAUGAUUUCUAUUAUUUUUCCUCC